AUGAAUUUUACUGAUUGUUUUAUAGCAACAGUUGAAAAUCAAGCACCAUCAAUGGAAUCACUUGAAUUCCUCGCCAAAUUUAAAGAAGAAAAUCCUAGUGAAUAUGUUUUAAACUUAAUUUCAUUAAUUAAUAACAAAGACAUCAGUUACAAAGUUAGAAUCGGUGCAAUUAAAUCAUUAUCUAUCCCAAUUAAAUCUAGCAGGCGGAUAGGCUCAAAUGAACCAGGUUUUGAGGAAGAAAGGAAUCAAAUUUAUAUGACUCUUGAACCUUAUUUACAGCAGAAUGACGAAUUUGACAAAGCUUGUAGAUCAUCUCUAACAAAUUGUCUCAUAAAUGUAAGCGAAGGAUACUUCAGAGCAUUUAUUUCAAAUUUUGUUCAAAAAUUCCAUGAAAACACAAAUGUUCCUCUAAUGCUAGGAAUUAUCUUGGAUGUAUUCAAUCUUUCGUCUUAUAUAUUACCAGUUUCUUGUAUCGAAAUUUUUUAUAACAUAAUUUAG